CGAAAGAUUUAGUUGGGUAAAAGCUACAGAAAUGAAAGAGCACUAUCGGGAAGCACAGAUCAAAGGCCUACCGUUUCCUGUUUUAACCGUUGCUGAAUAUCUCAGUCUAGAUACGGAAGGAUUUUCUUGGGGCUGGCAGUACCGCCAGGCUGGUUACUAUUCAUAUGUAUUACUCUGGACAGCGUUUGCUCUGUGGAUUUUGUCAAACAUUCUAUUCUGCAGCGUCCCCAGGUAUGGGGCCUUCUGUUUGCAACUAACAGGAGCAGUCAUAUUGCUCGCUAAUAUCAUCUAUUCUCUCUUGCUGCCUGAGAAGGCUUUAGUCAUUCCUUUCGAGGGUGGAACUCUUGUCUUUAAAUACGGCUGGUGCUUCUGGCUUUUACUUGCCGUUGGAAUCAUCGGGCUGUUAGUUGGGGUUAUAGCUACGACUGUGGAUAUCAUGUUUCCUAAUACAUUUUCAACUAUAUUGGAGGCUGAAUAUGAUGGCAACUACCGUUACUUAAUUGAAGAGCGUGUAAGAAUAAAGAGGACACAAAGACGCAAAACUAAAAGUGAGAAGAAUAAAGAACCUCUACCCGAAGAAACUUCUACUGACCCUGGGUGUAGCAACGAAGGCAUUGAAAACACUGCUUUUGAGGAUGAUGACAGCAGUGACAGUCCAAUGGAAAAUGGAGAGAAGGCCAUUAGUCUUAACCAAUUUGGUAAAUAUAUGCAGCAAAAGAAAAGAGGGACAAUUUUGGCUAUUACCCGAAAAGUAAGUGUUCUUUCAAACAAGGUGAAUGUUGAACAAGAAGAAAACGUUACAGCUGGAGGAAGCUAUAACAACAUAAUUAUCUUUUAUGCUGAAGCUAUAGUUGUUCUCUAGUUUUAUGAUCGGUCGAAGGUAAAAAAAUCAAAUGUAUCACUUGUUUUAGUCAUGCUCAGAACAUUAGUUUUAAAUAAUCCAGUUGAGAAAAACAGACAAGUAUUACUACAAACAAAUGUGUUUUCUUCAGAUCUUAAACGUUCACUGUAGAAAACUCAGCAACUGAUGGUGGGUCUACGAAAAUGAAAAAAAAAACAACUUUUCAACUACUACAAAACCACUGAAAGAGCCUGCCGAAACCAGUCUCGUCGCGUGUCAUAAACAGUCAAGCAGAAAAGUGAAUACAGUGGUUCUUUUGUGUAGUGAGCAAAUUGUAUGCGCAUAUGUAAAUGACUUAUCUAUAAAUAUUCUUUUCGAGUUAGCCGUGGAGACACGAAUUCUUCUUCCUUUCAAACUAAAAUCAAGUGGUUUUAGUGCCCGGGUCAUUCAUUCAUAUGGCAAAGAAGUCCAUAGGUGCGUUCCAAAUUACUAUAGAAAAGGGUGUUCUAAUGAGUCAAACUUGGAUGUAAAAUACCGUAGAAAUCUAUAAAAAGGGGACGGGUAAAUCUUCACCUUUACUUGACACUGUUUCACCUUUGCC